GCGUCACAGACUCACAGUAGUACUCGCCCCGCGUCAGGGGUCCCCGCAUUGCGCCAUGGCGACACCAAAAGCCACAACUCUCAAGGAUCAAAGAUCAUGCACGCUGCUUCUCUUCGACUCCUGCCGCGGCCAUCGCGUUAUGGCAAGCUGAGGGCCUCCUCUCUACCCAAAUCUCCCUCUGCUCACAACCAAGCUGAGCACAAGGAUGGCGUCCAAAAGAAUAAGCUGGUCAAUUCGAUACGUCGGGACAUUUGUGAAGCUACAGAGGAACGCGUCUAUACCUACGAAGAUGUAGAUAUUGAGGCAUUUGAAAGGGUCGCAGGGUUUGACCGCGGAGCGCUUGCUGCAUUCCUAGAGAGAAAGAACCCCACCCUCACUUAUAACUCUGUGCUCAAAACCUUCGAAUUAGUUGUGAUGCCGUCUAAGCUCCACAAUUGUCCUCUCGCAUGGCUAAAUACUGCCAUGGGGAUCUUGUUUAGGGAUGGAUUUUUCACCCCCCAAGAGUGGCUGAAACUUCGCGUUCAAGGUAACAGCAGAUUCAGCGACUUCGAUAUCCCAUACAGAUCGUCACGAAAAGAACCAGACGGAUGUAUCGUACCAGCCGGAAUGUCGCUUCCAACGCUGGUCAUAGAAAGUGGUUUGACUGAGAGCCGGCGGAAACUACACCGAGAUCGCGAUUUAUGGCUACAAGGUGGUGCGGGAUCUGUCCAAGUUGUGCUCGUAGCAAAAUGGACGAAAGAUGCCGCAAAGAAAAUAAGAGGGGAUAUCGAAGUGUUUGAUUUAGGCCCGAUGGGAACUGCGCGAUCACUGCAGAAAGAAGUUAUUUUUCCUGCUCCGCCUGCACAGAUUGCCCUUGGCCAGACGAUCUCUCUAACAAAGCGGCACCUUUUUGGGUCUACCCUCCCGGCCGUCCAAGAUCCUGGGUUACUCGCGCAUCUCGAUCUCAAUCUGUUUCGUGAGAUUGCGGAUGAGUAUAUAAGAUGCGAGGAUUGUGUUCCGGCUUCGUAGCUCUCCAUCUGAGCACUUUUCUCUGAUUCCAGGGGGGUUUGUUCGUACUUUUCUGGUCACCUGCCUGCAUGUUCUCGGUAGAGAAAUAGAAAAAACAACUCCAAUGUAAUUCAAAUCCAUUCAUAUCGUCCGUUUUCCUUUCUAAUUAAUUUGGCAUAUAAUGAAAGAUCGAGCUCUGCAUCUGGGUCGUGUGAACUUGUCGGGAGAGAUGUAUAGAGAGCGUAUGUCGUUUAUAUAGAUCUAUCCAUAAUUCAAACACCGUG